AAAACCCUCUUUUUCCAAAAACCCAAACCCUUGGCGGCUGUGAGGACCCCGUUGUCUCUCUCUCUCUAUCCAACUCUCCCUCUCUAAUUUGGGAAUUUAGGGAUUCGAGGGUUGCUCGGAGUCUCCUCCCUACGCGACAAGAUCCAGCUAUCAAUUCACGGCCAUGGCCACCGUCGCUCCUCCCGCUGAUCAAGCAGCAGAUUUGCUUCAGAAGUUGUCAUUAGAUUCUCAGACCAAGACCCUGGAAAUUCCAGAGCCUACAAAGAAGCCUUCUGUCAACCAGUACGGGUCUAUUGAUUCUGGCAAUGCUGCAAAUGGUCAGAUCCCAUCUGACCGCUCUGUGACUCCACUGUCCACCGACUUCUUGGAUCAGUCUUUCUCCUAUCUCCCAAAUGGUUAUCCAUCUACAGCCUAUUACUAUGGAGGCUAUGAUGGGACUGGAGACUGGGAUGAGUACUCGAGAUAUGUGAAUCCAGAGGGGGUAGAUAUGACUUCCGGGGUUUAUGGAGAUAACGCGUCUCUUAUGUACCACCACGGUUAUGGGUAUGCACCAUAUGGUCCUUAUUCACCAGCAACUUCCCCUGUUCCGACUAUGGGAAAUGAUGGUCAAUUGUAUGGGCCUCAACACUACCAGUACCCGCCCUAUUUCCAGCCACUGACUCCAACCAGUGGACCGUACACUCCUAGUCCUGUUGCCCCUCAGAAUGAGGUAUCCACUUCUUUAGCUGCUGACCAAAAGCCUCUGCCUGUGGAAACAGGUAAUGGAAUUUCUAAUGGCAUUGCAAAUAAUGGAAGUGUGAAAGGCAGUAAUGGUUCUGCUCCCUUGUCAACAUUUCAAACUACGUCUUUCAACUCCAACGGAUCAUACGGACGAGGUGCUUUGCCCACGCCUGUUCCUACUCCUGGUUACCAGGACCCAAUAUAUGGUUACGACACAGUACAUUCUCCAAUUCCUUGGUUAGAUGCCCCACUUUUUUCAGAUGGGCAUAGACCUGUGCCAAAUACACCCAUUACAUCAAACUCGUAUGGCAACAGAAUUCCAUCUUUGAGGAAUCAGAACUAUCGUCCAAAUUCUCACUUCAUGGGUUUGCACCAACCCAGACCGCUUUCAGGGAUCGGUACAGCACAAGGGUUUAUGAAUAGUAGCAUGUACCCAAGCAAGCUAUUUGGCCAGUAUGGGAACACGGUUAGAUCUAGUCUGGGAUACGGUUCUCAUGGUUAUGACUCGCGAAACAGUGCACGCACAUGGCUGGCAGUUGACAACAAGUAUAAACAACCAAGGGGACGCAACGGUGGUUACUAUGGAUAUGGUAAUGAGAACUCUGAUGGUUUAAAUGAACAAAACAGAGGACCUCGAGCGAGAGGCUCAAAGAACCAAAAGAGCUUUGCCCCUAGUGCAGUAGCUAUCAAGGGACAUAACGUGCCCGCAAGUCUUAGUCAUGAUGAGGAAAAGGAUAUUAGUACUGUACCAGACAGAGAGCAAUACAAUAAAGCAGAUUUUCCAGAGGAUUAUACUGAUGCCAAAUUCUUUAUCAUCAAGUCAUAUAGUGAGGAUGAUGUGCAUAAGAGCAUCAAGUAUAAUGUUUGGGCCAGCACACCAAAUGGCAACAAGAAGCUUCAUGCAGCAUACCAAGAGGCUCAGGAGAAGACUGGUGGCUGCCCUGUAUUUCUCUUUUUCUCGGUCAAUACCAGUGGGCAAUUUGUCGGCCUUGCUGAGAUGUUGGGGCCUGUUGAUUUCAAUAAGAAUUUGGAGUACUGGCAGCAAGACAAAUGGAACGGGUGUUUCUCUGUCAAGUGGCAUAUUGUCAAAGACGUUCCUAACAGUUUGUUGAAGCAUAUUACUCUUGAAAAUAAUGAGAACAAGCCUGUGACUAAUAGUAGGGACACUCAGGAGGUUAAAUUGGAACCAGGGCUCAAAAUGAUCAAAAUAUUCAAGGAGCAUUUGAGCAAAACAUGCAUUUUGGAUGACUUUGGAUUUUAUGAGUCCCGCCAGAAGACAAUUCAGGAGAAGAAAGCUAAACAACAGCAGCAGUUUCAGAAGCAGCAGGUAUGGGAAGGAAAAACCCUUGAUGAGAAGAAAGAGGUAGUGACAAAUGGGCAAGUGGAAACACAAAAUUCAUUGGAUGUUCCCUCUGAGAUAACCAAAGAAUCUAUUCCAACAGUGCAUCCCAGUGAGGAGCUGAAAGUUAAAGAAAAUGGAUCAACUGCAACUGGAGAAGCCCCAAAGGGUGCCAAUCCGGUUGUGGCUGAGAAGAGGGUUGUAGCAAACGGGGUGGUGGCAAACGGUUGCUAGCCUCUGCCUUGCAUAGUGGCGGUCUAUGUCGGUGGUACUCUUCAAAAUGUUGUGCUGGAAGCUACUUGCAUAUAUCCAUACUUGGUGGACCGCCCAUGAUGACUGAGUCUUGCCUUGGUUGAAUAGUCCAUAUUUCAUUGAGUAAAGGCAAGAUAGUCGGCACUCAAAAGUAUCUGUAUGUUUGAGGCAGGCGGGCUAGGGUGUUGGUAGUCUUAAGUAUCACCUCAGUUUUCUUUCCGUUUCUACUGUCUUUAGCUAAAGCUCCUAACAGGUUUUGAUUGCAUAGGUUUUUGGGUUUAGGGUCUUUUUUCGUGGGGUCUUAUAUUUUGGUAUUUUCUUGUUUUUGUUUUUUGCAUUUUCCUUGUUUGUUAUUUCCUGUCUUGUAAAUCUAGAUCAUUUCCAUUGCUGAGCAGCUCUGCUAUUAUAUCUGUAUGUGAGCUGGAAGGAAGGUGGGAAAAUAUUGCAAUACAGUCAGUUUUACCCUUUUGGUUA